ACUCAAUAAACGCCCGCGUUUCUGCCUUCCGCAUUUACGCCACAGCGCGUGCGUUUUGAUCCCUUGCUUAUUACUACCCCCGUCGGUUCGCCGCCUCCCCCACUCGCUGCGAUGAUGCUCGCGUCUUUAGUCGCUGCGUCGCUCUGUCUAUUACUGACAAUCGCUCCGGCCGACGCCAAGGUCGAGGGCCAUUCGGCGUGGAACAGCUUCGUGUUCUUCCUGCCCGCCGACGAAGAAGUGUGCUUCUACGAGGAGUUCAAGCUGUCGCGCAGCUACGUCGCCGAGUACAAGGUGAUUCACGGCGGCAAGUACGAUGUUGACAUCGUCGUGCGCUCGCCGAACGGCAAGAAGAUCUACUCGCGCGACGACGUGCACGCCGACAAGUUCACGUUCGAGUCCGGCCUCGGAAUUCACUCGUUCUGCUUCCGCAACGAGUUUGCGAUGGUGGCCGACAAGAAGGUGUUUUUCAGUCUGGCCUCGUCGAAUCCGCCGACCCUGGCGGAGGAGGCGGGCGACCACCGGCCGCAGGUUCUCACCUUCAUGGGAGCCACCGUCGAGAACAUUCACCAGUUCAUGGAGUCCGUGCAGCUGGUGCAGCGAGACUACCUGCUGCGAGAGGCCGUCGACCGCAGUUUUGCGGACAGCCUCAGCGAGAGAGUGAUGAUGUGGUCGUCGGCACAGGCAUGCGUCAUCAUCGUCGUCCUCGUCACACAAACGUGCGUGCUCAAGUACUUCUUCACGCCGAAGCGCGAUCGUAAGCCCAUGACGUCAGAGGUGGAAUACGCAGCUCUGAGCGACCUCUGACGACGGCAUGAUGACCAACGUAUAUAAAAGGCGGCGGGUAAUAUUCGUGACUCGGGAUUAGGCAAUUUUAACUUUCUGGGAACCGGAAUAUAUCAUAUUGUUUUUUAAGACGUCUACGAUUCAAAAGAAGCGAUUUUCUUAAAUUGGGAACUGUGAAAUGGAAUUUUUACCUGGUACACUGCUAAGGGACCACUUCGCUCCGCCUUCUUUGAUUGUGUUGUGAUGCGCUAUUAAGUCGGUUAGGCUACACAAACAAUAAUAUUUAUGUCUGAAAUAUAAUAAUGUUCACCGUCUGGUGUUACAUACAUGUUCAUAUUGGCUAGAUAGGAUGUAUUAACUCAUGGAUAAAUGUUGAUAAACAUGAUAGUCGUUGUUCCCCGAUAUUGAACAUAUAUGCUUAUAAAUGUGAAAUAUAUAUAUUUGGUUUGAUA